AUGGCAGAGGAGGUGGAGGCGAAGCGCCGUCACCUCGAGUCGCUGCUGCAAGACAACCUCGUCCUGCGCGCGCGCGUGCGCGCGCUCACGCGCGCCGUAGAAUGCGGCGACCACAACCUUCGUAGCCACGGCGCCGCCGCGGCCGGCGGCGCCCGGCCCACGGCCUCCGGGUCGAGCGGCGAGCAAGGUGCCGCUAGCGCGCACGAGGGGCACGCCUGGCACGUGCCUGCAGAGACGGAUGCCUGCCCGCCGACCCCGCCGGCCGCCGCGUCGUCCGCGCAGCAGAACAGCGGCAGCAGCUCGGGCACCCACGCGGCCUCCGACGGCGACGGCGGGGCGGGCGGCGCGCGGGCGGGGUUCACGCCGCCGGAGCCGUCUGGGGAUCCAGAAAUGGCUGAGAUCCUCGGGCAGCUGCAGCGCGGGCAGCUUCUGGUGGAGGGCGGCGUGGCGGGGCUGCCGGAGGGGUGCAUCAGGGUGGUGGGGGCGCGGCUGAAGGGGCUAUACGACGCAUCCAUGGCCGCUAAGUCCCUGAGCGGCCCGGAAGGCGAGCAGGCGCACGCGACCUGGAUCCGCCUGUUCCUGCAGUUCAUAUCCUACGUGCGCGCCGCGCACUACGUCAGCCCCGCGUUCCGCUGCCGCCUGUGCAACGUCAACUUCGAGACGCGCGCCUUCGAGGUCGCGCCCGCAGCCCACUGGCGGCGCCUGCUGGCGGCGUGCCGUGUCACAGAGGUGCUGUCGGAGGACGCUGUGGCUGAGUUGGUGGAGGGGUGGCGCCUGCUGGACAAGAAAGUGGCGAAGCUGCGGGCCCAACAGCAGGACAUCCUAUCAGAGCUGGCGGAGCUCGACAAAGAGGUGCCGGAAGCCAUGCUCGGAGGCGCGCUCGCUGGGGAGACCAUAUCCCUCCUGGCCGACAGCAGCGAGCGGCGCGGGGAGCUGCUGCAGGAGCUGGCAAGAAGCUACGCGUCCGAGUCGACGCUCAAGGGCAUGCUGCUGUUCGACUGCGCCAGGUUUCUGCCCCUCGAAGCCAUGGCCCAAUGCUACUCCGAGAGCUGGCCCUACUACCCCGAUGGCUGGGCGCUCUUCGCAGUCCUGGCCGCCGGCCCAGAGGCCGCAGGCGCGGGCGCUGGGGCGGCGGCCGGCGGGGGAACGCGGUGA